AUGGCAGGAAAGGGCAAGAGUGGGGAGUUAUGCAAGCGUGGCCGUAUUCGAUACAAUGCGGAGAUGAGAAAGGACACAAUCAAAAAGAGCGAGGUGGGGCGUGGCACUACGUCGAGUAGGCAUCGUCCUCCAGCCGUGCAUAUUAGGCGGAAGGCGGAAGGCGGAAGCCAGCUCGGACCUUCGAUCCUUGGUCACCAUGAACGUCCGUCAAUCCGAUGCAAGCGGAGGAAGUGCGAACGUACUAUGCAUUCGCAGGCGUCGGUCGGACAUUCCUCCCUUCGUCUCAACAUCGUAGACAUAAAGAAGGACCCGACUCCUUUUAGAUGUAUUUGUACACCUGAUGCGAUGCCGAAAACAGCAUCGACCUCGCACGGGGAGCAUCCGAAACAAAAGCUCAACCCUUUACUUGAUGCAAGGAAGGCCUACAAAGCGCUUGUGUCCUGGACGAGUGACCGGUAA